AUGGUUGCUUCUACCAACUUAAGCAUCGAGUUAGAACCAUACCAAUCGGUCCUAAAAAGAAAAUACAUUCCAUACCUACUGUUCCUAUUUCAUAUAUUUGCAUUUGUGAGCGUCGUUUUUUUACUCGACCAUUUAUGUGAACGGAGGAACAAGAGAAGCAUGAAGACUGACCUUCUGCUAUGCCUAAUAACGUCAGUCAAUGUAGGGUUGGCCUUAUAUGUUCUUUUACUUUAUUUUAAUGUGUGUUUG